CGGAGGGAUACGCGGCGCCGUAUAUAUAACGCGGGGCGCAGGCUCGCGGCGCGGCGGCGGUGCUGGGAGCCUUGCAGGCGCGGAGCCGUUAGCGCAGUUGGCGGCGGCGGCGGUCGGCGACGGCACAGCGCUCAGCGCACACGGGGCCCCAGCAGCAGCUGUAGCGGAGGCGCCCUGCGGUCCCGGCCCCGGCGCGGCCACCCUCGCUCUCUCGGCCUCCCUGCCUCGCUCGCACCAUGGCUGAUCAGCUGACCGAAGAGCAGAUUGCUGAAUUCAAGGAAGCUUUCUCCCUAUUUGACAAAGAUGGUGAUGGCACCAUCACAACCAAGGAACUCGGAACCGUCAUGAGGUCGCUGGGCCAGAACCCGACAGAAGCCGAAUUGCAGGACAUGAUCAACGAGGUGGACGCCGAUGGUAAUGGCACCAUUGACUUCCCAGAAUUUUUGACUAUGAUGGCUAGAAAAAUGAAAGACACCGACAGUGAGGAAGAGAUCCGCGAGGCAUUCCGAGUCUUUGAUAAGGAUGGCAACGGUUACAUCAGCGCCGCAGAGCUCCGCCACGUCAUGACAAACCUGGGAGAGAAACUGACAGAUGAGGAAGUCGACGAGAUGAUCAGAGAAGCUGACAUCGAUGGAGACGGACAAGUCAACUACGAAGAAUUCGUACAGAUGAUGACUGCAAAGUGAAGACCUACUUUCAACUCCUUUUUCCCCCCUCUAGAAGAAUCAAAUUGAAUCUUUUACUUACCUCUUGCAAAAAAAAAAAAAAAGUUCAUUUACUCAUUCUGUUUCUAUAUAGCAAAACUGAAUGUCAAAAGUACCUUCUGUCCACACACACACAAUCUGCAUGUACCGGUUGGUGGUCCUGUCCCCUAAAGACCAAGCUACACAUCAGUUUUCCGAUAUAAAUACUCGUCCUACCUUAACAAUAAGGAAGCACUUCGUGGACUCCUGGCAGGUCCAUCUGCUCGUGAUUAGUGACACUGUUUGGGCUGGCCAGUUUUUCAUGCAUGCGGCUUGACAAUUGAGCACAGUCAGGCGUUUGUAUUAAAAAUGAAAAAGUGAAAAAAACAAAUUCAAAACCUACUCAGAGGGGUUCUAGUUCAAAUUGUUAGUAUAAAUUGUUGUAGCUGGUUUACUGAGAAGAGGCAUUUAGAAUUGGUUCGCCUCAGGAUGCCGUGUGGGCAACUGUCCAGGCGGAGCCCCCCUGCUGCAGGGCCGGCCUCUCUAACGCCCCCCGGCGACCGUGACGCACGCUGGCGGCGUGCCUGUCUGUGUCUGCAGCGUUGUCCGCGUUGUGCUGAGUGGAAUGGGUGUCAGGCUAUCACCAUUCAUACAAAUUUUUAAAAAGAAACUUUUAUCAAGGGAGCAUCUUUGGACUCUCUGUUUUUAAAACCUUCUGAACCAUGACUUGGAGCCGGCAGAGUAGGCUGUGGCUGUGGACUUCAGCACAACCAUCAUCAUUGCUGUUCAAGAAAUUUACAAUUUACGUCCAUUCCAAGUUGUAAAUGCUAGUCUUUUUUUUUUUUUUCCAAUAAAAAGACCAUUAACUUAAAGUGGUGUUAAAUGCUUUGUAAAGCUCAGACCUAAAUGGGGACGAGCCAGUCGGAGGGGAGGCCAGUGUACCUUUAAAAAUACCCUUGGCCCAGUAUUGGGUACCCCCCACCCACACAGACACGCAUCCCAGCACCAACCACUGAGCUUGAGACCUUUCCCCAAACCAAGCGGAUACUGAUGGCUUCGUCUUGUUAUGGACAUGUAGGGCCACUUGUACUUUCACUGGGGGGAGGGAAGUGGAUCAUGGUAACUUACUGGUUGUUCAGGCAGCAGAGCUCUUAAAUGAAGGAAAAAGCCCACUUUCUCAAGCAUGUGUUUAGGGGUUCUUAUUAAUUGUGCUGCUGGUUACAUGUUGUACGUAACUUUGAGACCAACUGUGCAAGAGAUGAUCCAGUGCGUCUGUGACUGAACCCUUGCUGUGUGUGGUGGAAGCAGUGGUCACUUUUCUAAGCCAGUCUCUUCAUGCCUAAAGGACACCACCAGUCACCUUUUGAUGCACAAUUUUUAAUUUAUGAUUGUACUUAACUUGACUUCACUCCUCCCCGCCCCCUGCCCCCAAUAGAACCAAUUCUAACCUCCAACUUGAAAGUAAAACUCCAGCCCAGAGGGAAUUUUGUAUUUCUUUACAGAACUGUAACUGAAGCUAAGGAGAUGCUGGUACUGACCUUGGCGGUGCGAUUGGUCUGCCUAAACGCCCCCUGAAAAGGAAUUGGAUUCAGUGCAGAGCUCUUUCUGAAGGCUGAGUGUGCAUUUUUCAGGGUGUUAACUGGUGGCAUGUUAUUAGGAGAUUGGGUUUUGAGUAUUCCUGUAUGGGAGGUCUGACUGCCCAGGAACAGCAGCAGGCUGCCAGUGAGGCGAUGGGACGCGCUCUGCAGCCCGUCGGGUGCCUUCAGGGUUGGUUUAUGGAGACCCUGCGCCUCUCAUCUGCUCCCUGCCUCUCUGGCGUUUUGCAGCGCCCUGAUUUUCCCCGCCAGAGGGGUGGGUCCGAGCCACGGAGAGGAGCCCGCCCCUCCGCUUGGCUGCUGCUCUCUGGGCUGGGUGGUUGGUAGAAGAGAGGUUGGCGUCGUGGGCGAGGCUUGGCUUCUGUAACUCCCUGAAUCUGGAAGGAACGUCAGUACCGUGGAGGUUUUCUCCCGGUGAGAUAGGAAUGGGGUUUCUGGUUCAAGGAAUUGGAUAACCUGGAUGUUUCUUGCCAGGAGGUCAAGUAGCAAGACUGUUGACCCGUUCUCAGGCCUGUGGCCGAUGAUCUCUUGGUAGCUUUAAAAAGGGUAAAGGACGAUUUGGCUUGUUUUUCAGGAACUUUGCCUUCUGUCCUGGCCCUCUCGCCAUGGGGUGGACUCUGUGUUGGUCCCGUAGGCUUUCCUAAAAGACUACCCUUGAAGCCAGGUUCCUAAGUGGCUGGCCAGGAUCCUGUUUGGGAGCCGGAAACGUACCCCCAAGGGGUGCUGAGUUCCAGUUUGGCCUCAAGGGGAAGCCUAGUCCACUGGGGCCUUUCUGGCCUUGGGGACAACCAGCCCCCUAGGGUUAGGUGUCCCCAGUCCACGGGGGCUUGUGAGGACAUAAGCUGGGCGAGGGGGCGCGACUCUGAAACUUGGCCAGAACCUUCCCGUAAACUCUGGCCCCACUUCUAACUGCUCUAUAAACACAGAUACAUAUAUUUAUAUAUAUAUACAGAGUGACUGACUGGCAUCCGCUUGAACCUGAGACUUGCCAUAAAAAACUGCUGAGCCCUUGGCGCGCACGCUCAGCUUCGUCCUCCAUCUGUUCGGGGUAGGUGUCGAGCAAACGUGUCUUGAUAUUUCAGAUGAGUUUCUGAUGCACUGUUGCCAAGGAAGGCUUUUUUUUUUUUUCCUGAUUUUUUGACAAACGAAUUUUUUGCACACUUUAAAUUGGUGACUUUUGGCAACUUUCAAACACACUGAAAACUAGCUGCUGUACAUAUUUUUAUACCCUCUUUAUAAGCGCAUGUUUGACUGUACUCGUGACCACGUCGUGACGCGGGGCUGUCCAGUCGGCCUGGCGUGGCUCGGGCCGUUGGAGAAGCGGUGUGACUAGCGGCCCCUCAGCAGUCCCGGGAACUUCCUCCUGAACAGAGUGAAUUUGGUCAAGGCUGCUCCUGGUUCAUUCAGCCGUUUUCAGCAUUUGAAGUAAUUACUGUAUAUUCUAAAUACACCCAUCCUUUUGGCAGUGACUAGAUUUCCACGAAUGUGUCUUACUAUAUCCUUCAGCUGGCAGUUACUCUUAGCUCUUACUGACCCCUUGAAGCUGUUCUGCAGGAGACAGAAGCUCUUUGCAGUCUGUAUCCCUCGGAGGAAGAAGGUAGUGGCGUGGGUGGAGUGUGUGUUCUUUCUCCAGAUUUAUUAUAAUGUUCAUUAAACACGUCUGUAGCCAAGAUGGUGGGGGUCCUCUUGUUACGGAAGUGACCCUUCACCGUGGCGAUUUGUGAAGGAGAUGCACUUGAACGUUGCUGUAAAUCUUGAGAUAAACUGUUUGGAGAUUUAACCGCCUCUCUGAUGGGGGACCAACUCUAUGGAAAUUGUAAAUAAGUUUUAUUUAUAAACCUGGCACUGUAUUCAAUAAACAUUUCUGCAGCCUUUCAUCUCUAA